GGUGCCCAAACAGGCCUAUAUGAAAUUCCAGGAAACCGAGCGUUCAAAGCAUUGAUUUUCCGAGCAAAUAUUUUUGCAGAGAGAAAAAGCUCAAAUUCUCUCAUCCGAGAGAGAAAAAGAGACGAGGAGAGGAGAUGGGGAGAGGAGCGAAAGCAAUAACUUCAAUUCUCCUCAUUGAGUUUCUACUGCUGUACAACACAGUAUCUCAGCAGGGCUUGGAAGAAUCUGCUGCGGCGAGGACACUUCAGCAGGAACCACAUCAUACCAAUGAGGUACAUUGUUCCAGAGAAAGAAGUAGGGCAGCCUGGAAGAUCAUAGAGGAUUAUUUGAUGCCAUUUUUGGAAGAAGAAGGGUUUCAGAUUUCGACUAAGUGUAGGCUUCAUCCAGACAACGAUCUUUUCAGGGAUCAGGAGCAGCACAAGAUUAAUUUGGAUGUAAAUGAGUGGCGGUGUGGAUAUUGUAAGAAAAGCUUUCGAGCUGAAAAUUUUCUUGAUCAGCAUUUUGACGACAGACACUACAAUCUUCUAAAUGUUAAUCAAAGCAAGUGCUUGGCUGAUUUAUGUGGAGCUUUGCAUUGUGAUUUUGUGAUGAAUUCCAAGUCGCUCAAGGCUAAGUGCAACCCUGCUGCUGUUGCAAGGAAUCGCCAUCUUUGUGAGAGUCUUGCCGAUAGCUGUUUUCCUAUUACCCAGGGUCCAUCAGCCAGCCGCCUUCAUGAAUUGUUUCUGCACCAAUUUUGUGAUGCUCAUACUUGCUCUAGAAAAAAAAAACCCUUCCCAAAAGGAGGCAAGAAGCAAACAAGUGUACUCUACAUGGCUACGUCAAUACUGAUUUUGAUGUUGCUUCCUAUUUUCUAUCUUCUUUAUUAUUUGUAUCAAAGAGAAAUGAAUAGGGGAACCCAAGUGCUUAGGCGAGUGUCACAAGUUGGACGGAAAACAAAACCCUCAUAGUUGGAAGGGUGAUGACAAAAAAAUGAAGAUUGCUGCUUUGAAAUUUGCCCUUAAAUUGGAAAUUCCAAAAGAAUGUGUUCACAUUGUUGCAUGUCACUGGAAAUCAGAACGCGUAGCAUUAUACCAAUAUCCUCUUGAUAGUGACUUUAGUUUUUGAUGAUAAAGCAAAAGAUGUACAAAAAAUUCUCUUAUCGUAUGAGUGAACCGCACUUAGUCAUUUAAGUCACAUUGAGACUAUUAUAGAGUGUAUUAUGCAAAGCAUGGCCUAUGGUAGUUCUGUGAGGGUUAUAAGGAGUUUUGCAUAGAGAAUACUGUUUCGGAACUGCAGUUCAACAACCUAGGAUUUUGGAUGUUCUGUUGCAAGACAUUUUUUGAUCCAUUUUCCUUCUGAGUCCAGAUUGAGGUCAGAGAAUGUAAGCAGAAUUUAUGUUUUC